ACGUUAUUGAAAUAAAUAAUAAACAAACAAAAAAGACGUGAGUGCAGGCUUAAUGGCUCAUUGUUCUUCCCGCAUUAUUUAAUAAUCCACUCUUUUGAGCUCAAAUUAUGCAUAACAUUAUUUACGUUGUAGAUCCCGAAUUAAGUAGAAAGAAGAAGGAAGGAGCUUGGGAAGUCAACAAUGGCGGGUCAGUUCGAUAAGCAAGCAGAUAUCUACGCCGAUGCUCGGCCAAAUUACCCGACGGAAUGGUAUUCGAAGCUCGCUGCUCUCACUCCUCUCCAUACCUUCGCUUGGGACGUCGGCACCGGCAACGGCCAAGCUGCCCUCGGAGUGGCUGAGCACUAUGAGCAAGUGAUUGGAACCGACGUGAGUGAGGCUCAGCUAGAGCGAGCAACGCCACACCCGCGAGUCCGAUAUUUCCACACUCCACUAACCACAAGCGACGACGAAAUAAUCUCCUUGAUCGGUGGUGAAAACUCGGUGGACUUAAUAACCGUAGCUCAGGCAGUGCAUUGGUUUGAUCUACCGAGGUUCUACUCCCUCGUCUCUCGCCUUUUGCGCAAGCCAGGGGGAGUAAUAGCCGUGUGGUGCUACAACGGCAUAACAGUGAGUCCUACAUUUGACCCCUUGAUGAAGAGAUUUGAAGACAGAGCCCGGCCAUUUUACGACGAAAAUAUCAAGUACGUCUUUGACGGGUACAGAACGCUGCUGUUUCCCUUCGAGGGCGUGGGGUUGGGUUCCGAGGGGAGUCCUUUGGCUUUGGACAUUCCGAAGGAACUUUCAUUUGAUAAAUUUUUGAGGAUGGUGGGGUCUUGGUCUGCUGUGAUUACAGCCAAGAGCCAAGGUGUGGAUUUGUUGUCUGAAGAGGUGGUUAAGGAGUUUGAGAGUGCUUGGGGUGGACCUAAAUUGGUCAGGUCUGUUUGUUACAACGCCUUUAUGCUUGCUGGAAAGGUGAGGAUUUAGUCUCUCUUCUCUCUUUUUUAUUUAUUUAUUAUAUAUAUAUAUAUAUAUAUUUAGU